AUGAUUUGUGCUCUCCGCCUCUUCUUCUCCUUGUUCUCAUCGCCUCUGCGGAGAUGUUCUCUCUUGUGCUCCCCAACGGUGUACUACAAAUUAUUAAGUAUUGGGAAAAAUGGUGGAGAAGGAAUUAAAUUGAUGUUGAGAUUUUAUAUGCAAAAUCCAACUAAUUCAGGAUUGAGGAUCCAAAAUAGAGUAGAAAAUCCUAAAACUGUCAGCAACAUUACGUGUGAAAAAGAAUACAGACUCCAUUGUUCUAGUCUGAUCUCAAGUUUGGAACCUUCUAUUUCAGGAGACAAAUGCAACUCUUUGGAUAGCUACAAAAGUAUAACUACUGAUGGGGAUGUCCAUACGGUAGCUUGCUAUUGGGAUUCAGGACCUUCAAGCGUCCUCUGGCAUUGCACUACUGUCUUGGCUUGACGCACCCCCACUAAAUUUAGUUGUAAAAGCUUACUUUACAUUCUCACUUAUCAAUUAUUUGGGAAUUAUAAAAGGUCAUUCUCAAAUCUCUAGAGUAUCAAAAGAUUUAAUUUGUGUUAUGAAUCGACAAAUCUUUAAAGAUUCGUGAAAAAUAAUUUGUGUUUCUUAUUAGUUUUCAAUAGUGUUCACAACAGAAGAAUAUGAGGGGAAGGUCCAUCACGGUAGCUUGCUAUCAGGACCUUUAAACGUCGCCUAGGUGUUGCACUACUACCUUGGCUUGGCACACCCCACCAAUUCUAGGUUGUAAACAUUUCUUUCAAUUGUUUGUUGAAGGAGUUUCUUCGAGAUCCAGGACAAAGAUAUUAGUACUUAGGAUUUUUGUGAAGUUAUUAUUAACUUUUAACAUUUUUGGAGCAAGAUCAAUACAUUAUGGUGGAAAAUGUUAUGUCAACAAAUUGAAAUUUACAUUUCUUGUUU